GAGGAGAAAGAUGGCAGAGGCCGAGGCGCAGCUGCUGUUGGGUGUGGGGCUGAUUGAAAAAGAUACCAAUGGAGAUGCACUGUGGGUCUGGUGCUAUCCUUCUACAACAAUUGAAUUAAGGGAUCUGUUGUUGAGGAAAUGCUGCCUUACAGAUGAAAGCAAACAGCUUCACACUUUUGUAUUUGGUCAGUACAGACUGACAUGGUUUUAUGUCACAACCAUGGAAGUUCCAGAUUCUUCAGCCUUGAAAAAGGUAACACAUUUUUCCAUUGUCUUGACUGCCAAAGACUUUAAUCCAGAGAAAUAUGCUGCCUUCAGUAGGAUCCUCUGUAGAAUAUACCUGAAAUAUGGAAGUCCUGUAAAAAUGAUGGAGAGUUAUAUUUCUGUUCUUACAAAGGGAAUCUGCCAGAGUGAAGAAAAUGGCUGUUUCCUAAGCAAAGAUUUUGAUGUCAGAAAAGCUUAUCUCGCAGGCUCAGUUAAAGAUAUAAUAUCUCAGUUUGGAAUGGAAACAGUCAUCCUCUAUACUGCGCUCAUGUUAAAGAAAAGGAUUGUUGUAUAUCAUCCACGAAUAGAAGCUGUCCAGGAAUUUACAAGGACGUUACCUGUGUUAGCAUGGCAUCGGCAAGACUGGUCUAUCCUUCAUUCAUAUGUACACCUAAAUGAAGGCGAGCUAGAAGCACUAAAGAUGUGUCCAGGUUACAUUGCUGGAUUCAUAGACUCUGAAGUCCGCAACAGGCUAGAUCUCUGUGAUGUGUAUGUGAAUCUGGCCGAAAGUGAAAUCACCAUUUCUCAGAAAGCAAAAGAGGCAAUGACAAUGGGAAAACUGCACAAAGAAAUUGGUCUGCUCAUCAUUCAGUCUGCGGAAGACCCAGACAGAUCAAAUAUACAAGUUGUGAAGGAUAUUUCACUGAAGACCAAAGAAAUUCUGACAAAUCUGGCCUCGCUUACAGAAGUCUCUCAAGACAAUGAGAAACCGUCACUGAACUAUGAGGCACUGAAAAAGAAGCGAUUUCCACCAGCAACUGAAAAUUUCCUCUAUCAUCUGGCAGCCGCUGAACAAAUGCUGAAGAUAUGAUUUUUAAAAA